AUGUACCAUAAAAAGGGCCUUUGGGUUAUCAAAAAGAAAAAGGGCGAUAAAUUCCCCACCCACCCAAAAUCCACCGCCGUUGUUGCUCCGCCCCCAACUACCGCCAUCAAACCAUCAAAAUUAUACCUAGUUGAUGAUGUGGAAAAAUCCCUCAUCAACGAACGCAAACCAAAACCCACAAAAUUGAGAGCCAGUAUUACACCUGGUACUGGUUUGAUUAUUCUAGCUGGGAGAUUUAAGGAAAAAAGAGUUGUGUUCUUGAAACUUGUAUGUUCUGGACUGUUACUUGUUAUUGGGUCAUUUAAG